CUGUUCUUUAGCCAAGCUGCUAUAUUUCUGAGUGAUGGAAGAGGAUGAUGAAGAAGAAGAUCUUCUCUCUUUUCUUGAGAAGCUUCUGGAGAUUGAAGAGGAAGAAGAAGAGGAAGAGGAGGAAGAAGGGAUAGAGCAUUUAGUAGAUGAACUCCUUACGAAUAUUGGAGACUUUGUGGAGGAAGCACUUGUUGAGAAGCUUCUAGAAAACUUUGACUUAGAGGAAGAAGAAGAAGAAGCUGUUGUCUCUUUCUUCGACAGCUUCCACUUCUCCUCCAUCAAUAAAUGUAUGCUUCUGCAGAGAGAUUCGGAUUCAGAUUCAGAUGAAUGGAGUCUUUAAGUGUAUUUCUUUUGUAUUUGAUUGUAAGUUUGUGGUGACUGAACUCGAAGAAGAGAAUGAUUCAGAGAGAGAGAGAGAAGCAGAGGAAGUGAGAGUGUCUCUUUGCUUAUUAUAUAUGGUGCUUCUUUAGUAAUAC